AUGACGUCCCCAGCUGCCCUAGGGCGCCUAGCCUCGACACAAGUACACAUUCAAAUGAUCCCUAGUCCUCGGAAAAUCGGCGAGACUCGACAAAUCCUAGCCGCGCUCCAAAAAUUCGGCGAAGUGACCACAUUCCGCAACCUCAAGUAUGAUCUCUCCAAUAAAUCAACAAAUAAGCACCGUCCAAUCGUCGCCAUUUUCGAGUCGCCCGACGCCGCGCAGCGCGCAAUUGCUUCCUCGCCAAUGACAGUAACCCUCGACUCUACAUCUACGUCGCAAUCCUCAGAUCCCAAGACCUCCUCACCGACAAAACAAUACAAAACGCACGACCCUAUAUUUGACGAUGUUGCCACCGGAACAAUAAAAUGCAUAAUUGAGCCAUCGCGCCACAAGCAUGAGAAUGCAAUUCGACGCAACCACUAUUUCUCGACCUUCUACCCGGACACGGAAGAUCCCAUAUACAAAGACAUGAACAGUCCGCAAACCGGUGUCCCGCUUAAGGCGUUAGGAGAUGUGUUGCUGAGUCGGAAGGGGAAAGUUGAUUCAUAUACGCCGUUGAAGGUUCACGGCACUAAAUCGGCGCUUGGGACAGGGAGUAUAAUGGACAUUUGGAGAGAGCGAGGGAUUGAGGAAGAGGGUGGACCGCCUAAGUCUGAUAAGGAGGGGGUCCAUAGGGUUUGA